CUGCAAAGUCGGACACGUCCAUCAUUGGGAAUGGUAUUCAGUUACAAUCUAUCGUUCGAACCGUACAGUUCUCGAAUUUCUGUGUUACAAUGGGUUGGCUACACAGUGUAACACUGUUAAGUUUUUUCUUUGUCUGCAGUGUAGUUCUUGCUCAGAAUAAAUGGAACAGCACAACAGGACAGUGGCACACCACCCCCAGUACAGUGAGCAAACAAGACUCAAAUGUGCAAUAUUCGUACAGAAACCUUCGAUGGCCGGUGUAUAAAUGCCGUGAGCAAACCCAGAAUUACGACUGUGUAUUCCACGAUGUGUCCAUGGAUAGAAACGCUUCCGGUGUUUACUUCGGUUAUGAAAAUGUGACGCUGAACAACCAGAAAAGCAUAACAUUCAAGAACUCGACCAUGAGAAAGCUAUCGGACACAUUGGUAAACUCAUACAGACAGAUCGAGGUACUCAAUCUCAAUGGCCUGCAGAUAGAGGAAAUCGCACCGUACGCUUUUACAAACGGUUACUACAUCCAGGAACUGUAUAUGGGCUUCAACGACAUUCACGCAUUGCCUUACAAUGCGUUUGGCAAUAUGAAAUUCCUCCGUCAGCUGGUGCUGGACAGGAACUCUCUUAGCAGUCUGCCAGAUGACAUUUUUUACAAUAAUACCAAUCUUGUCGCACUGACGAUCAAUAAUAACAAUCUGGAGGAAAUCGGUGACAAUACCUUCCAAAAUACUAAAGACCUGCAGAAUCUGGAACUGUCCAGCAAUAAGCUUACCCGCAUUGACCUAUCCCGCAUUCCGAGCCUUCUCUAUGGUAAUGUUAGCUUCAAUCGACUAACGACACUAGCGAUUCCAGUGGAGAUAGAAAUACUAGAUGCCUCGUACAAUCAAAUCAACACCGUAACGGGUCGAAACAAUUACAAUCUCACUCAUCUCCAUUUGCAACACAACAUUCUUACUGAGAUUACUUGGCUUAUGCGCUAUCCCAUGCUGAAUCUUGUGGAUUUGUCAUACAACGAGCUAGAAAAGAUAACGUAUAGGGACUUCAACAAAACGGUGCAACUCAAGGAACUGUAUUUGUCUAACAACCGGCUGGUAGCAUUUCACUUCGGUCCUUCGCCCAUCCCAACACUCCAGAUACUUGAUGUACGGCACAAUCAUCUACUGCACGUGGAAAGGAACCAGAAUCAGUUCGAUACUCUGACGCAGCUGUACCUCGAUCACAACUCGAUCGUAACGCUUAAGCUUGGCUCCAACAACACACUCCAAAAACUCACACUAUCGAACAACGAUUGGGAUUGCAGCAGUCUAAAUGUACUGUUCGGAAGUGUCCGUAAAUCGAUUAUACUUGACAGUGACCAAAAUUGCAAGCUAGACUACCAACUCAAGCAAAACUUGUGCUGCAAGGUAAGCGAAAAACCGUACCUGGACCGAUUGAUGCAGUAUAUCCGUGAGAUAAGCAUUACAGAAAAGUUCCAACGGGCAGACGGACGAUGCAGUGCAGCUGACACACUUACCAGCAUUCAGAAUUUGACCGAUUACGUGAAUCAGCAUGCUGGAAGUGGGCUGUUGCAAUCGAACCCACAGCUUCAGGCCGAAAUCAAUCAACUGCAGGGCGAUGUUAUUCGGCUAACAUACGAACAGACGCAGAACGAGCAAUUUCUUAAAAGUAUGCACAUUGAGAUCGACAACUAUUUGCGUCGGUACCGCGUGACAAAGGAAGGCUUGGUGCAUCCAAGCGAGAACCUGCGCUCGGUGUUCGACCAUCUAAACAGUCGUCGUGAGUUUAAGGAACAAGAAACAAAACAGCGCCAAUCAGAGGCAACCCGGAAGAAGCAAGAACGGGACACAACGGAGCAGGAGAACCGAACCCUUCAGAUACAGCUGGAUGCAAAAAAAUUCAGUCAAGAAGAGCUCAAAAACGUGACGAGAGUAAUAAAUAGAAAUGUUAAGAAGUUGGAAGCAAUGAUUAAUCGUAAUCCGCAUGCCAGCCGUAUUCAAUAAUGAACCACAAGUAGACAAUGUAUUUGAAUGUCCGUUACUGAUGAAUCAAUGUGGAACAGGUGCAGAUGUCGUAAUAAUAGUCGACUUCGGACGUUGGUGUUCUUUUUAUUUUCUCCCCAAAUAAAGUGAAACAACAUCCAA